CCAUUCUUCUUUAAAUAGUAAGUAACAUAUUAAUAAGAGAAUGAGCAUAUAUAAACCAAACUGAUUGAAUACGAAUUAAAUUCCUCCAUAUGCAUUUGUUUUCUCCUCUUUAUCCUAUGCCAAAUGCACCUUAGCCUCGCCCCAAGCAGAGAAAUCCAUGGAUGCCAUUAAUCCCAAAUUCCUCAACCCUAGAAUCAUCAACAUCAACGGAGACAUGCAGCCGACCACCUCCUCCUCCGACUCGGCCGCGGAGGGCAACGGCGACGCCAAGUGGGCGCCAAAGCUCCUCCGCGAGUGCGCUGCCGCGAUGUCGGAAAAGGACUCCGGCAAGAUGCACCACCUCCUCUGGAUGCUGAACGAGCUCGCCUGCCCCUACGGCGACCCCGACCAGAAGAUCGCCGCCUACUUCCUCCAAGCCCUCUUCUGCAAGGCCACCGACUCCGGCCGCCGCUGCUUCAAAACCCUAGCCUCCGUCGCCGAGCGGAGCCACUCCUUUGACUCGUCCAGAAGACUAAUCCUGAAAUUCCAAGAGGUCAGCCCCUGGACCACCUUCGGCCACGUGGCGUCCAACGGCGCCACGCUGGAGGCCUUGGAGGGCGAGCCCAACCUCCACAUCAUCGACCUCAGCACCACCCUCUGCACCCAGUGGCCCACCCUCCUAGAAGCCCUCGCCACCCGCUCCGACGACACCCCGCGCCUCCGCCUAACCGUCGUCGCCGCCGCCGCCGCCGUUAAAUCCGCCAUGAAGGAGAUCACGCCGCGGAUCGAGAAAUUCGCCAGGCUCAUGGGCGUCCCCUUCGAGCUCGCCGUCAUCGCCGAUCUCGACGCGCUCGCUGUCCGCGAGGGCGAAGCCCUCGCGGUGAACUGCGUGGGCGCGCUGAGCCCUAAUUUGAUCGAGGCGAUGAAAUCGCUAAACCCUAAGGUGGUGACGGUGGUGGAGGAAGAGGCGGAUUUCUCGGGCGAUUUCGCGGAGCGAUUCGAGGAGUGCCUGAGGUUCCACACGGUGUAUUUCGACAUGCUGGAGGAGAGCUUCGCGGCGACGAGCAACGAGAAGCUGAUGCUGGAGAGGGAGUGCUUGAGAAAGAUAGUUAGGGUUUUGGCGUGUGAUGGUGAGAAAGUGGAGGAGCGUGAUUGUGAGAGGGGGAGGCAGUGGUCGGGGAGGCUGCGGGAGGCGGGAUUCGCUGCGGUGGCGCACAGCGAGGACGUGGUGGACGACGUGAGGGCGCUGCUGAAGAGGUACAGGGCGGGGUGGUCGUUGGCGGCGGAGGAUGAUCAGACUGGCAUUUUUUUGGCGUGGAAAGAGGAACCGGUAGUAUGGGCAUCGGUAUGGAAACCAUCGAAAUAAAUGGCAUAGAUAAUUAUAAGAGCAUCACAUUUCUGAUUCAUGGUGUUAUAUAUAUACUCCUUUGCUUUUUUAAUUCUGUGCUUUUUAGAGUUCUUCUUGUUUGAAAGCUUUUGCACUUGUGUAACGAAUCGUUUUGGGAAGAUGGAUAUGCUUUUUCUGUGUCUAAUUAACCUAGCUACCUACUGUAGCUAAAGC